AUGGAAUUUGAGCUCAAGCAGCAGCAGACGCUACUGUGCUCGUUGCGCGUGUUUGUGGACACUCUACGGGACAUUACAGAUACCUCAGAUGCUAAUCUCAUCCACCACAAUGUCUUGGAGGCUGUACGCGUCUUGUGUGCGUCUUUUGAGACGCAUAAGAGCGUCCAAUGGCACGAUAUUGCGUGGAAACGCGGGUUAGUGCCCAUUUUCCAACGUCUUUGUCUCUGUAUGACGCGGUUGAACCAGCUAGAGGCACAGGAAAGGAAGCAAAUGGGACCACAGACGCUUAGAAAAGCGGAAAAGCCCAAGGCGCCUGCGGAUCUAUUGAGUUUGCGAGACUAUUCGGUCUUACAGGCGGCAGUUGAACUGCUGUUUUGUUGGGGUGCGUACCCUCGUGUGGCUGCAGGAGUGCUAAUGCCUAUUGAAAAGAGGAUGCCAACGCGCACUCUAAAGAUUUCCACGGACGUGCUGAUGUGGGGAGAUCGUGAAUAUACUCGAGUUGUUAUGGAUGAUGAGGUUCAGAGAGAGGAGACGACAAGCGAGCUACUAGAGAUCACUCAGGUAUUGCUGCAGUUACUAUCACUGCCACAGUUUCAGCCAAUUCUACUGUCCAAGUACGUGGUGGAGUUGCUAGCCCUGCUCAUUUAUGGAGAAGUUGCGAUGGAUACAAAGACAGCAACACCAGUUCAAACGGAAUGUAUCCGGCUGAGGGAGAUGAUGAUGCGCGUGCUUCCGAUGCGUAUGAGCAUGAGUAGUCUGCGGGCUGCACUCGGCCAGGUCACACCUGCAGCAAGUGAACAGGCGGUGGGUCAGCGGUUCAAGGCACGGUGCGGCAACUUGUUGUCUCGGUUGCUGAUGGAAAACGGAGGAAUUGUGGCUACGAUAGAAAUAUUGCUAGGAGCAGUGGAAGAGGGAAACACACAAGCUAGAAUGCAGGUUGCCGCUCUGAUCGGCCAAUGUCCGAGCGGUGAAGACGCGGAAAGGUAUGCAACCGCUUUAUGCAAACAAGUAUGCGAGCUACUGCUUGCAGCCGUGACUCCUGAAAAGGGAAAUACCACCAGCAAAUUGCUGGGUGAAAUGGCAGCAUUGCUUGCCGAUCAAGUGGCAAUACGGCAUCCCAGGCUAUUCGACACACAAAUUUUGUCUGUACUGUUCCGCCCGUUGCUGAUCUAUGAGGAUAGCCGUUGCGAUGCAAGUGUCCCAGCCAGAGAGGCGAGUGAGGAAGCUUUGACUUGCUGCGUUGGUAUCGCCCGACUGCUCAUUUGUGGUCCACCUCCUUCUCAACGAUUCUUGCAAGCACUCGCCCCAAUUGUUCGCCCACUUCUACAUAUGUACGCGUUUGCUGCAAGCAGCAAAAGCUGUCUAGCCACACCUCUUCGCACGACGCUCACUACGUGGAUUCGUUCGUGCUCAAGUGCGGCAAUUCUUCUUCAAGUAGCUGUACUUCCCGUAACACUACCUCUCCAGCCAACUCUAGCAACUUGCGGCUAUGAACGAAAUUAUACUGAAGACGCUUGGAGACCCCUGCGGCAAUUUUGUGCCGGAGGAGGUGGCGGUAUAUCGCUACGGCUCAUUCAGGCCUCUACUUCGUCAAUUGGCGAAACAAAAGGUGCACCUGAGUCGCUGAAGGCGUUGAUAAUGCCUCUGGUGGAACUUUUGGGUGACAAGGAACUUCAAGACUCGGAAGUGGUGGGUGAUCUGUUUUCAUCGCUCUUAUUGACGUAUAUGCACGUCCGGAAGGCUGGCGAGGUAGACUCCAUCGAUUUUGGCGCUCCGAAUGGCAGUGCACCAUCAGCAUUGGCAUUGUAUGAAUUUAAGAAAAACCCUACAAGCGCCGAAGGUGUCGAGAUAGUCCUGAUGCUGUUACUGGCGCUCAUCGAGUGCUUGGGACCAUCCGUGUUACGCAGCGCUUCUACAGUGCUGCAGUGUAUUGCAACUGUAUUAAAGGUAUACAACACUCCUGUACCGCAUAUCGUGGACAAAAAGCAGCAAAGUGAGAGCAUUAUACAGACAGGGCAUACUGAAAGUGAGGAAGAAGGAGAUGAGAUCCUGACGAUAUGCCUAGGAGUAGUGAUGACCAUUUUGGAGGUGGGGUCGUCGCUUCGCAGCGACUCAGAGGAGCAACAGCUUUGUGCAAUGCUGCCGGUGCUAGAAAAGCUGUCUCGCCACCCGCGACCUGAAGCUGCAGAGCUUGCCAGCAAUGCACGUGCGCAGAUUUUGAGUCGUAGUGCGGCGAAAAAUAGUGACACAAACACAACCGAAGCUGGCAAACAAAGUUUUGAAGAAGUACUGCAGAAGGCUGAACGAGAUCUUUCGAGUGAGCUGGUACCGCUGCGGGCACGUGGCGUAGUAACGCUGACAAGACUUGUGCGUCAGAGUCAUUCGCAUGCAUGCGAUGCAGAGUGGAUACCCCGCGUGCAUACUCUAGCUCGCGUCUUCUUGCUUCAUCUGCAAGAUUCAGAAAGUUAUGUGUUUCUUGCUGCUGUACAGGGUUUGGCAGCACUAGCCGACACGCAUCCCAAUGUGGCAAUUCCUGCCUUGGUGAAAGCACUGGGAGACUUGAAUAACUCAUUGGAAUCUCGCAUUAAGCUAAGUGAAGCAUUGCUGUUCUCAGCAAAACGAUGUGGCGAAACGCUUUCCAAGUAUGGCAAGCUGUUUGUAUAUGCAUACUUGGAUUGCAUCCGCCCUUCUUCAUCCAUGAAAAAGCGUGUGGAAUGCAUUCAGAAAGAAGUUAGCAAGCGUGUCCAGCUUGUUCAAGAGGUUGAUAUUGAUGAAAGAAAAGUAGCAGAAAGAGAGGAAGCCGAGUACCCCGAUAGCGAAUAUCAGAGUGAACAGGAGCUUCUUGCUGCCGCUACUCUGCGGGCAAGCUGUCUGUCGAAUCUGGCCGAAGUAUGCGCACUAUUGCAGUGGGGACUGCAACCAUACCUGAUGGACGUGCUCACGUGUGUGUUUGGCGUCAUGCAGUUGGAACUCGAGCUUAACGCGAAGCGUCGACCAAUGUCUGCUGGCGGCGAUGUCAUUGAGGACGAUGAUCAGAAGUUGCGGAGACACCUGGAGGAUGAGCGGCAGCAGCGCGUGGUCACGGUGCGGCGUGGAGCUGUAUUUGUGCUGCGGUAUCUUGUCGAAUUGCUUGGCUGGAAGAUGUUGGAAAUCAUGCCGGAUCAGUUGUCGCCAUUGUACCAUACACUCAAGCACGUGGCGCGUGUGGACUGGGAUGAAGUGGUGGUUUUUCAUGCUAAACGAGCGCUGAGUGCGCUGGACAAUGUCAUGCGAGCCGAACUCUUUUCUCAAGUGGAACAGCAAGACACAGCCUUUGGUAUCUCGAGUCUGCGCAUUCUGUGA